AUGACGAUUGACAGUAAAUUAGAAACAUCGACACGUUAUUUGUUUUCGACAUUAUCAAGUGAAGAUGAAAAAGAUUUUCAACAAUGGAAAGAUUCUAUAUCGAUUGAAAUUCGUAUGCCUGGUGGUUUAUCAACAGAUAAACGACAAAAUUUAUGGAUUUCAUUAGCAAAUAAAUAUAUUCAUGAUAUUCAUCUUGAUUGGAAUAAAACUCGACAAUUUGCUUUUAAUAAUAAUUCAUAUCCGGAAGAUGAACAACUAAAUAUUCAAAUUGAUAAAGAUCUUCAUCGAACAGGUUGUAAUUGGUCAUCAAAUGAAUAUAAUCGUACAAUACUUAAACGUGUUUUACUUGCAUUUGCACGUUAUAAUAAAACAAUUGGUUAUUGUCAAGGUCUUCAUAUUUUAACAUCAAUUAUACUUGAUGUUGUUAAUAUGAAUGAAGAAUAUGCAUUAAUGAUAUUAAUUUAUUUAGUUGAUUUUAUAUUACCAGAUUUUUUUUCAAAUAAUUUACAUGCAUUAGCUAUUGAUAUGACCGUUUUUGAUCAAUGGUUAAAAAUAUAUAAUCCACAAUUACAUUUACAUUUAAAAAAUCUUCAAUCAUCAUCUAAUGAUGAUUUAGGAGUAACCUAUGAACCACCUUUAUUAAAUGUUUUUACUAUACAAUGGUUUUUAACAUUAUUUGCAACAUGUUUACCAAGACAAACUACAUUACGUGUUUGGGAUAUAUUAAUGAUUGAAGGUAGUGAAGUACUUUUUCGAACUGGACUUCUUCUUUGGUCGAAAUUAGCAAUUGCUGUUUUAAAAAUAUCAACAGCAGAUCAAUUUUAUUCAGUUAUGGGUCAUUUAUCAAUUCAAUUACUUGAUGAAAAAAUUCUUGUUGCUGAUGAUCUUAUACAAGGAAUAUAUAAUUUUGGUCCAUUUCCAACACCAUUUCUAUCCGAAUUACGUCAAAAAUUUACAUUUCAACAAUCAUUAGAAAAUAUAAAAAUAAAUCAAACUAUUGGACAAACAAAUAAUAAUCAAUCAAAAUCUAAAGAUAUCAAAAGAUCAAAAACAAAAUUAAUUGAUGAUGAUGUUAUUAAUUUUAUAUCUUGUUUUGCAAUACUUUCAUCAACAUCAUCAUCAUUACGAAAUAAUCGAUUUGAAUCAAUAUUACCUAAAACGAAUUCACCGGAUAUAAAUCAACUUCGACAACAAUAUAAAAAACUUAAACAACGAAAUCAACAAGUACAAAUUAUUACUCAAUGUUCAAAUGAACAACAACAGCAUUCAUCAGAAUCUGUUUGUUCAAUAUCUGAUGGACCAUUGAUUAAUCAUUUACUUGUUAAACCAAAAAGUAUCAAACAAAAUCAAUUAAAAAAACACGUAUCUAUAAAAUCUUCAUCUAAAGAAGAAACAGAAGAUUUACAAAAUGAAUUUGAACAAUUAUUAACAUGCCUUAAUUUUGAAAAACCAACAGUAUCACAAAAUGAAACAUCAUCAAAAAAUUUAAUUGAUCAUCUUGUUAAAUCACGUUCAUCACAAAUACCAAAAUAUUCAUCAUUCAAUCCAUUUCCAUCACGUUCAUUUAAUGAAAAUGUUGCUAUGAAUGGAUAUAAACUUGGAUUAUAUUCACCUGUUGUGACAAGUCGAUGA